AUGCUGGCGGAGCAGGAGAACCAGGAGAACGUGCCCCCGCCGGCGGCCGGCAAAGCCGCGGCGCCGCCGCCCGCCGCCGGCACGCGCGUGGCGCUGGGGCUGCUGAGGGGAGCGCAGCAGCGCGCCGGGGUCCCGCUGCAGGCGGCGCGGGGCGGCUGCGAGGGCCACGGAGCGGCGGCGGGGCUGCAGCAGCCUCAACAUCAGCCCUUCUCCAUCCAUGUGGACGAGCCCGAUGGGGAGCGGGAGCCGCGGCGGCAUCGGGGCGUCCCGGCGGGGCAGAAGGAGGAGGAAGCGCUGGGGCUGCGUGCGGCCGUGUGUGCCCUGGGGGAGCGGCGGCCCCUGGCCCCCCUGGGCAACGCCAUGGAGCUGAGCUUCGAUUCGCCCAGUAUUAUGGAUAUUUCAAUAACAUCAGAAACAGAAGAGAAAGCACCAAACGUUAAUAACGUGCCAGACUAUAUCAGCGAAAUCCACACGUACCUGAGGGAAAUGGAGGUGAAAUGCAAGCCCAAAAUAGGUUACAUGAAGAAGCAACCUGAUAUCACAAACAACAUGCGUGCUAUUCUUGUGGACUGGCUGGUGGAAGUUGGAGAAGAAUACAAAUUACAGAACGAAACCCUGCACUUAGCUGUAAAUUACAUUGAUAGGUUUCUUUCUUCCAUGUCUGUUUUGAGAGGAAAACUUCAGCUUGUGGGUACUGCAGCCAUGCUGCUGGCGUCAAAGUUUGAAGAGAUCUACCCUCCUGAAGUAGCUGAGUUUGUCUACAUCACAGAUGACACCUACACCAAGAAGCAGGUCCUAAGGAUGGAGCACUUAAUUCUGAAGGUUUUGUCGUUUGACUUGGCGGCUCCAACAAUCAACCAGUUCCUCACCCAGUACUUCCUACACCAGCAGACAGAUGCUAAAGUGGAGAGCCUGUCAAUGUACCUGGGAGAGCUGAGUCUAAUUGAUGCUGAUCCUUACCUGAAAUACUUGCCAUCAGUUAUUGCUGCUGCAGCAUUUCAUCUGGCAGAGUACACACUCACUGGACAAACCUGGCCUGAAUCCCUGUGCAAAGUAACUGGCUACACCCUUGAAGACAUCAAGCCUUGCCUCAUAGACCUACACAACACCUACCUCAAAGCAGCCCAGCACACACAACAGUCCAUAAGGGAAAAGUACAAGAGUACCAAGUACCAUGGAGUAUCACUCAUUGACCCACCAGACACACUAAACUUAUUGUAAUAAGCAAAAGACUGAUAUUUUUAGGAGAUGUAUAUUACCAGGAAAGGAUGUACAGUUUUAAACAUGGUUCAGGACUCUAGAUAUGAUCACUCAGAAUAUGAAUGCAGGCUUUGACUUCAUAAUUGAAGUUUAGUUUCAUGUGGUUUUAAUGUAAAUCUCUUGUACAUGCAAUCUUGUUAAGAGUUUUAGCUAUGUUUUUAUCAAAAUGUUCUCUUCAAGCACAGAAUUAACCAUGCAGGCCACAUGAUGUCUGACUGCUUAUCUAAUUAUAGACUACAUAUUGAUAUUAGCAGUGAAUUACUAUAAUAGGGCUUUCUCUCCUUCUGGGUAAGAAAGACUUGGUCACCACAGAGUGUCAGUAGCAUUUUUAUACUGUCUAGUUUAAACUGAGACUUAGCAUAGAUCCAAAACGUGCCUUGAUGGCUACAAAACUGGAAAGAAACUCUAUGGCCAUGAGGAGAACUCCUUGCUGGAACUGACUCAUGAGGCUCCUUAGGAUGUGCCCCAAUUGCUGUAUAAUCUGUAGUGCCAGAUCUUCAUCAGAAUGAUGAAUGCUCUGCUGCAGGGACCGCACAGUUAAAACCCCUGCACCAGUUCAUACCUCACGCUUCUGCUACACAGAAAAUGGUCUUCCUGUCGGUAUUUUCUAGUCCAAGUGUAAAACUUGUACUAAUCUAAACCCAUGGACUUCCCACUAAUGUGUUGGCUAUCACAAAAGUUCAUUGAUGCCUACUGAGAAAAGCAGUCCUCAGUCUGCUUGCCUUGUACCUCUGUAGGGAUGGUGGAGGGAUUAAACUGCAGUGGGAACUGCUGCUCUGUGCCCUCAAGGGCAGGGAAAGUCUGGCAUGGAUGGGCUGCGUGUAGUGCAGCAUGAGUUCUGUACACCCCUCACGCUUGGGAGGAGUUCCUCUGUGGCACACAGCAAAAAUGUGCCUUAUUUUUCCUUAGUUCUGGAACUGUUACAUAAGCAAACUGGCAUUCAAUCAGCAUUAGAUCAAGCAGACGUUUACCUUCAGCCUGUGUAAAUGGAGUGAUGCCGUCCUGUACCCGCUGUUGUUUGCGUGUAAAGCAGUGAGUGCAUGGAAGUGGGAUGAAUUGAGCCAUUUCCAGGUUGGCUAAUAAACAGUUUUUGUAUCUGA